GAGGGAAAGAGAGCGGGAGGCCGAACAGCUGGUGACCAUGCCUCCAUGUGCCAGGCAAUCCCCAAUAUGGAGCAAUGGCGAGGUGCUGGACCUCAUCAGUGUUUGGGGAGAGGAAGCUGUCCAGUCCCAGCUGCGCUCCAUCCGCAGGAAUUAUGAUAUCUUCAGGCAGAUAUCAAGGGCCAUGCUGGAAAGGGGCCAUGACCAGGACGCACUGCAGUGCAGGGUUAAAGUGAAGGAGCUGCGGAAUGCAAACAGCCACUCCGGUGCUGCUGCCGCGACCUGCAAUUUUUAUAAAGAGCUGGACGCAAUACUUGGGGGCGACCCCACCUCCAUGCCAAGUACCACCAUGAACACCUCAGAGGCCAGUGCAGCAAGGCAGGAGGAGCAGCAAAGCGGGAGCGAGGGUGCUCCGGAGGAGGAAGACACCCCGGAAUCCCUAGAUGCAUGCAGCCAGGAGCUGUUCUCAAGCCAGGAGGAAGGUAGCCAGUCACGGCGGCCAGUGCUUGGGGAAGGACAAACACCAGAGGAGGUUCCUGGUAAGCGGCUUUUAUUUUGGGAAGGAAGUUAUUCGGUGCGGGCUCUUGGGGCGAGGAGGGUUAGGGCUGCUCGCAUGCCUGGAUGUGGAAUAGGGCAUCGAUGUGCUCCCUCACAUCACAGUAAUUGGCCUCAGUGAUCUCUUCAGAGGUCUCAGCCAGAACUUGGACAAUGCACUUGUGCAGGUUUUUUGGGAGCGCCACCGUGGUCCUUGUCCCAGUAAGGCUAACUUGUCCGGGACACUGUGCCAUAAGGGGCGGGGGAACCAUUGCUGCACACAGACAAGCUACAUAUGGGCCAGGGUGGAAGACGCAUUGCAGUAGAAGACCCUCCCUUGCUUCCCUGGUCACCCCCAGC